AUGGCCGCCACCACCACCACCACCAAAGCUAGCCGGUCCACGGCUAGCUGGAGACGACUGUCGACUCUGAUCGCGGCAUUCACGCUGUCAUGGACAUCCAGCUUCGUCGCCGCUGCUGGCUCCGCCGAUUACUUUGUCCAUGAUCUACCAGGCGCACCAGAUGGUCCUCUGGUGAAGAUGCAUGCCGGACAUAUCGAGGUCAACCCUGACAACAACGGCAACCUAUUCUUUUGGCACUUCCAGAACAAACAUAUCGCCAACAAACAACGAACCGUCAUCUGGCUAAAUGGUGGUCCUGGUUGCAGUUCCGAGGAUGGCGCAUUGAUGGAGAUUGGUCCAUACAGACUGAAGGACGAGAACACCUUGGUAUACAACGAUGGUGCAUGGAACGAGUUCGCCAACGUCUUGUUUGUCGACAACCCCGUCGGUACUGGCUUCAGUUAUGUUGACACCAACGCCUAUAUCCACGAGCUGACCGAGAUGGCCGCCAACUUUGUUACCUUUUUGGAGAGGUGGUUUGCUCUGUUCCCAGAGUACGAGCAUGACGAUCUUUACAUUGCCGGAGAGUCUUACGCCGGUCAGCACAUUCCCUACAUUGCCCAAGCUAUUCUCGAACGCAACAAGAACGCUGGCCCUGUCAAUCACAAAUGGAACCUCUCGGGCCUCCUCAUCGGCAACGGCUGGGUCUCUCCCAAAGAGCAAUACGACGCCUACCUCCAGUUUGGCUACGAGAAGGGCAUCGUCAAGAAGGGUACCGACCUCGCCAACAAGCUCGAAAUCCAACAGCGUAUCUGCCAAAAGGAAAUCGCCGUCAAGCCCGACAAGAUCGACUACCCCGAAUGCGAAGCUAUUUUGCAAGACAUGCUCCAACUGACUGCUGGCGGCGUCGGCGCCAGCGGCAAGAACCAAUGCUACAACAUGUACGACGUCCGCCUGAAGGACGACUACCCCUCGUGCGGCAUGGCCUGGCCCCCCGACCUCAAGAGCGUAACCCCAUACCUCCGCAAGGAGGAAGUUAUCAAGGCCCUCAACAUCAACGAGAACAAAUCUACCGGCUGGACUGAAUGCAACGGCCAGGUAGGCAUGAACUUCAACCCCAAGACCAAGCCGUCCAUCACCUUACUUCCCGACAUCCUCUCCGCCGGCGUUCCCAUCCUGCUCUUCUCCGGCGCCGAAGACCUCAUCUGCAACCACCUGGGCACCGAAGCCUUGAUCUCCAACAUGGAAUGGAACGGCGGCAAGGGCUUCGAGCUUACCCCUGGAACCUGGGCGCCGCGGCGCGACUGGACGUUUGAAGGCGAACCGGCCGGCUUCUGGCAGCAGGCGCGCAACCUCACCUAUGUACUGUUUUACAACUCCAGCCACAUGGUCCCCUUCGACUACCCCCGCCGCACGCGCGACAUGCUGGAUCGGUUCAUGGGCGUGGAUAUCAGCAGCAUUGGCGGACAGCCUACGGACUCGAGGCUCGACGGGGAGAAAUUACCCGAAACGACGGUCGGCGGCGCAGCAGGGAAUAGCACGAGCAACCAAGCGGCCGAGAAGGCCAAGUUGGAGAUGGCCAAGUGGGAAGCCUACCGCAAGUCAGGCGAGCUGGUUCUGGUGAUUGUCAUUGUUGCUGCGGCCUUGUGGGGAUGGUUUGUCUGGAAAGACAGGAGAAAGACUGCUGGGCAGGGGUAUAUGGGUGUUGCUACGGGCGAGAGACACAGCAUUUCUACCAACCCGGGACCUCAUGGGACCCGUGGUAGUGGUGGUGGUGGUAGGACGAGGGGUCAGGGGUUGGAAGGUUUCAGGAAUAAGAGAAGCGGGAGGAGGGAUGUUGAGGCGCAGGAUUUUGACGAGAGCGAGUUGGAUGAUUUGCAUUUGAGCAAGCCGGAGGACCCGCAUGCGGAUAGUAGGUAUAGCAUUGGUGGUGCUAGUGAUGAUGAGGAGGAGCAAAAACCGGGGAAGGGUAGUUCUAGUAGGCAGCCUGGGGGGAGGUCGUGAUAAGUUAGUGGUAGCUUUGGGUGAAAUAUUGACUUGGUUAUUCUUAUAG